ACACUCACUAUUUGCGAGUCGGAAUCGGACUGUUGAUGUCCACCAGCCAGAACGGCUGGGAGUGGUGCGAGAUUGAGUGUGUGGAAGUUUCUCAACCUGGGUGCCCUUUGCGUCCGCAUUCCAGGGAUUCUGGUGAUAGAUCGACCAAUGUUGACCUGACCGGGGCCAAAAAUUCAGAAGAGGCGGAUUGAAUUUGAGGUAGGGGCGACCGGCUUACCAUUGCCGGAGCAUAUUGAACCAGGGCAUCAAUGUUGGCAACAUCGCUUCCCGUGAAAACCACCAGGAUGAUAUUUCUCUGACCAUCAGUGAAUAGAACCUUAGUGACAGUUGAUUUAGCUGUUAGAAAUGGCUACGAUAGACGGCCGUCCCGCCCAAUAUGGCAUUACUUUGAAACAACUCCGCGACCUCAUGGAACAUCGAGGUCGCGAAGGAAUAAACAAAGUUAAUGAUUUAGGAGGAGUACAAGAAAUUUGUAAAAAAUUAUACACAUCGCCUAGUGAAGGUCUUAGCGGGUCACAAGUAGAUUUAGAACAUAGGAGAGAAACAUUCGGGUCAAAUUCGAUUCCUCCCAAAGCCCCGAAGACGUUUCUUCAAUUAGUAUGGGAAGCAUUACAAGAUAUUACACUUAUAAUUCUAGAAGUAGCAGCCAUAGUGUCUUUAGGUCUUUCCUUCUAUACGCCACCACAAGGGGAUCAUAGUGAAGAUGAAACGUCACAUGGUUGGAUCGAAGGAUUAGCUAUUUUAAUAUCUGUUAUUGUUGUAGUGUUAGUGACUGCUUUCAAUGAUUAUACGAAAGAACGGCAAUUUAGGGGUUUACAAAGUCGAAUCGAGGGUGAACAUAAAUUCGCUGUCAUUCGGCAGGGUGAAGUUAAACAAGUUUCUGUUAGUGAUAUUGUGGUUGGUGAUAUUUGCCAAAUUAAAUAUGGAGACCUUUUACCUGCAGACGGUAUUCUCAUACAGUCCAAUGACCUGAAGGUUGAUGAAUCAUCGUUGACGGGUGAAUCGGACCAUGUCAAGAAAGGAGAAAGCUUCGAUCCAAUGGUGCUAUCCGGUACCCACGUAAUGGAAGGUUCAGGAAAAAUGCUGGUGGCGGCGGUCGGUGUCAACUCCCAGGCCGGCAUCAUUUUCACGCUUCUGGGAGCCGCAGUGGACGAACACGAGGCCGAAGUGAAGAAAAUGAAGAAAGAAGCUAAAAAGCAGCGGAAGAAGAAAAGUCUCACAGGUGAAGAAGAAAACGUAACAGGAAACAGCCACAUGAAUUCACCAGCACCCGUGAUCAAUAAACUGGAUGGCGCAGCACCUCAAGAAGACGGGAAAGAGAAUCACGUGGCACCCGAAAAACAAGCGUCCGAAAGUCACAAGAAGGAAAAAUCAGUCUUACAGGCCAAACUAACCAAGCUGGCCAUUCAGAUUGGGUACGCAGGAUCGACGAUUGCGGUGCUUACUGUUGUCAUUCUGAUUGUCCACUUCUGUGUAACAACAUUCGUGAUCCAGAAAAAACCAUGGGAUAGUGCGUAUGCCAGUAAUUUGGUGAGGCAUCUCAUCAUUGGUGUUACUGUUCUUGUUGUUGCCGUACCAGAGGGUUUACCUCUAGCCGUAACACUGUCACUAGCUUACAGUGUUAAGAAAAUGAUGAAAGAUAAUAACUUAGUGAGGCAUUUAGACGCUUGUGAAACAAUGGGAAAUGCCACAGCCAUCUGCUCCGACAAGACGGGCACACUUACCACGAACAGAAUGACAGUUGUGCAAUCGUACAUCUGCGAACAACUCUGCAAAACAAUGCCAAAAUUCUCCGAUAUCCCAGCUCAUGUCGGUAACCUGCUUGUUCAAGGUGUGGCCGUGAACUGUGCUUAUACAUCACGAGUUAUGCCGCCAGACGAAGCGAACGAUCUACCCAAACAAGUCGGUAACAAGACAGAGUGUGCUCUGUUAGGUUUCGUUAUGGGCCUUGGUAAAAGUUAUCAAACUGUAAGAGAUGAUAUUCCCGAAGAGGUUCUCACAAAGGUGUACACUUUCAAUUCGGUGCGGAAGUCGAUGAGCACCGUUAUACCCAAGAAAGGGGGUGGAUACAGGCUGUACACAAAGGGUGCGUCUGAAAUAAUUUUAAACAAGUGUGCCUUCAUAUACGGCCAUGAUGGUCGACUGGAAAAAUUCACAAGGGAUAUGCAAGAACGUCUGCUGAGACAAGUUAUCGAACCUAUGGCCAGUGAUGGUUUAAGAACUAUUUGUGUAGCUUUUCGCGAUUUUGUGCCUGGUAAAGCUGAGAUAAAUCAAGUACACAUAGAAAGUGAACCAAACUGGGACGACGAGGAAAAUAUCGUAAAUAAUCUAACAUGCAUUUGUGUGGUCGGUAUCGAGGAUCCUGUUCGACCGGAAGUACCAGAGGCAAUUCGAAAGUGUCAGAAAGCGGGUAUCACUGUACGGAUGGUCACUGGUGAUAACAUAAACACAGCUCGAUCGAUUGCCACGAAAUGUGGAAUCGUUAAGCCAAAUGAAGACUUCCUUAUUCUGGAAGGCAAGGAAUUCAAUAAGAGGAUCCGAGACAGUUCUGGAGAGGUUCAGCAACAUCUACUGGACAAGGUGUGGCCCAAGUUGAGGGUGCUAGCACGAUCUUCGCCAACUGACAAGUACACAUUGGUUAAAGGCAUAAUAGACAGUAAAAUAAGUGACAAUCGCGAAGUAGUUGCUGUAACUGGUGAUGGUACAAACGAUGGUCCAGCUCUGAAGAAGGCCGAUGUCGGAUUCGCUAUGGGUAUUGCUGGUACUGAUGUGGCCAAAGAGGCAUCAGAUAUUAUUUUGACUGACGAUAACUUUAGUAGUAUUGUUAAAGCUGUUAUGUGGGGAAGAAAUGUUUACGAUAGUAUAGCUAAGUUCUUGCAAUUCCAACUUACCGUUAAUGUUGUUGCUGUUGUUGUAGCAUUUAUAGGUGCCUGUGCAGUGCAAGACAGUCCUUUGAAGGCUGUACAAAUGUUGUGGGUCAAUUUGAUUAUGGACACACUAGCAUCAUUGGCUUUAGCCACAGAAUUACCAACUUCAGAUCUUUUAUUGAGGAAACCGUACGGUAGAACAAAACCUCUUAUCUCAAGGACCAUGAUGAAAAAUAUAUUAGGUCAAGCCAUUUACCAACUUACCAUCAUAUUUGCCUUACUUUUCGUUGGUGACAGGUUAUUGGAUAUUGAGAGUGGAAGAGGCCUCAUUGACUCAGGACGUACACAACAUUUUACCGUCAUUUUUAAUUCCUUUGUAAUGAUGACACUUUUCAAUGAAUUUAACGCAAGAAAAAUCCAUGGACAACGUAAUGUGUUUGAGGGAAUUUUCACGAAUCCAAUAUUUUACACGAUAUGGAUAGGCACAUGUGUGGCUCAGGUUUUCAUAAUCCAAUGGGGAGGAUUGGCGUUCUCCACAAAAAGUCUCACUCUGGAACAGUGGCUUUGGUGUCUAUUUUUCGGUGUUGGAACCCUUUUAUGGGGCCAACUUGUAACAACAGUUCCUACUCGAAAGCUACCAAAAAUUCUUUCAUGGGGAAGGGGACACCCUGAGGAAUAUACAGAAGCUAUCAACAUAGGUGAGGAGAAAUUUGAUGUAGAUUCAGAUAAGAAACCAAGAGCUGGCCAAAUAUUGUGGAUUAGAGGGUUAACUAGGUUGCAGACACAGGUGAUAGGUGGUGAAUUGCAAGAACGUUUGAUUCCAGUUCCAUACAGCAAGAGCUCCACUGACCAAGCUGUGGGGCAAAAUCACGUAAGCAAAAUACGAGUAGUUAAUGCUUUCCGUCAAGGCCUAGAUGCUCGAUACGGCGAGCACAGCAAUACUUCCCUCGCCGAGGUACUGCGUAAACAAACAUCUCUUUCAAAGAGGCUGUCCCAAACUUCUUCCAUAGAAUAUGCGGAUAACAUCCCGGACGAACUGACGAUUCCUGAGAUAGACGUGGAGCGAUUGUCCUCCCACAGUCACACCGAGACAGCGGUCUAGCUUUCGUUUCUCUCACUCCCGUCCUUUUUCAACUCAGUUUUAUCGAAAUCGAUUUCAAAGAUAGCCAAGGUGGCGCGAGCAGGAACUGAUUUUACUUCCGUACCCCUAUCCGUGUUCGUGCUGUCAUUGAAUCAAUGACACUUUUAGUGGGAUUUUACCAUAGAGUGUAUCGACCACGGCUGCUACAAUUUCUGUCAUUGUGGACAUGAAUUAAGUGAACAAUAAUGCCAACAUUAGUUCGGCUUGGAGACGAGGGUGUGCCUAUGCUGUGCACUCCAACAUAGUCCGCCGUACCGAUUCCGUGCACUGUCCGUGCGGCCAGAUUUUGAACGGGUAGGCUUUGCGCAUCUUCGUCUCAAAACUGAUUUCGGCUCGCAUUAAAUAGUAUCAUCAGAUGUCGUUUACCAAAUUGCAGGGAGGUGGCAGACACUUCCAAGCACCCCUAACAUCUUACUAGAGUCUCCUGGAUUCAGUCGUGGACUUCUUUAGGGCCCCGUCGGCCUCAUUAUUAUUUUGAUAGACAGAAAAGAAGUCGAAGGAAUUCCCGAGACUCUACGUCACAUAUUGUAAAUAACUCGACUAUACAAAUUUAUAUUUUGUACGUUUAAGUUGGAUCGAGUAACUGCCACCUCUUAUACAAUUUUGUUGUAUUUAGAUCUACUGCUUUUAUUAAGGAAAAAUAAAAAAAAAUGUAUAUACACGAUUUUGUGUAUUAGAAUGUAUUUUGAUUAAAGGCACAGUUCUUUAGUUUUAGGUUCAUGAACUAUUUGAUAUGGUUAUCCAGACUUACAUAGCAAUGCCAUGAAAUAUUCCUGGUGUUCUUCAACUCUGUACUGUUUGCACCUAUUCACUUUGUUUUUUCUUUCAACUCGUAGAACUUCUAUACCUACUAUGAACCAUCAUUUGGAUCUACUUCAAAUUCGUAUGGUUCCGUAAAAUGGGACUAGUAUAUAUACUAAUACAGCCUCAUUAAAAAAGAUAAGAUUUAUUUAGACUUCUUUCUUACCAUUAUAGUUAUAGUCAAAAUUGUGCUUAAAAUCGGCUGAGUUUUCAUCAGGCGGCCUAUUCUAGUCAUUAUUAGGUGUAAGCUUAUUUUCAAUCACUUAUGAGUCUUGUUGAUGCUAAUCAAAUUGAUCAUUUUCAUCACAGAGAUAUUAAUUCAUUGACUAGUGUCAAUUUUCAUCCCCUACGUAAUAAUUAUCUCGGCAGUUAGCUUUAAUCGACCCUUUUCAUAAUUACCAAUUCGGUAGGAAAUAUGUGAAACUUCUCUAGGAAGCUAUUCAAGAAUCUGUUUUUUUUUUCAAAGUGAGAUCGUGCUUAACUAUUUAUACCAGAAGUUUCUUUGGUAAGUCUAUUCUGUCUGGAGUACUGACCAUCCAAAAUCAAAGUUUCAUCACUUAGAAGAGAUAAUCUUUAUUUAGUUGUAAUAAAGUGGGUCAAUUGUAUUGACUCGGUAGAGCCUACAGCUGAAUGUUGCUGUUUGUAAUUAUGAAGAUAUAAAAUUGUUAUUAUAUGUUACCGUUGUUGCCCUAUGUAAAAAAAAAACCGGCCCUACCGCCUGUCCACUGAUAGAUGCAAACGUGGAUUGACGUAAGACCAAGACAAUUUAUUUCAUCCGUUCAUUUGAAACUGUGCUUUGAUUCACGAUUUAUACUUUGAAACGGAAAAUUCUGGCUUCGAAUAAGAGAGGUGAAUAAUAUUGUUAAAUCAUUUUUUUAGUUUUUAUUUAACAGUCAUUUGUGAACCAUUUUAUUUAUUGUACUUUUCUGUUGUGAACCUUCGAUAUGCUCUAUUUUCAAAUAUAAUUAUUUUUUCAGCGAAUAUGACUGUUUGUUCUUCAACUCUGUAAUAUAAUUUGAACAUUUCACAAAAUGCUCUUAAUAUUUUCAUAUUAAAUAUAGAUUUUAAAAUAUAAUGACGCAUAUAAAAUUG